GUAGGUGUAUGGAUGAAUGGGUGGGGCGGCUUGUCUGUUUAUCGAUCUCCUAACAUUUCUCCAUUCAGAACUAAGUUCAUUCUCUACCAGCCCACUGCAGGAUAAGGAGCAGGUUUCUCAUUUCAUUUUCUUGCCUCUGAAUGAGCUGUAGACCACAGGCUUUCCCAUCUGGUGUGCCUUUGCAGCUGAAAGAGAAAACCGCGAACGUAUUCCUGAGUGUCGCAGCCUGCUUUCAGAGUAAUCUGAUUAGACUUUACAACGUUUGGAGCACAGAAGAAGAAGAAGGAGAAGGAGAAGAAGGUUGGGAUUAAAGUCACUUUUCUUGCCGGGUUUGACUUGAAUGAAUGCGAUGUUAUACUAUAUAUAGUGACACUUUGAGCUUUGAAGAACGCUUUGAGGAUCCAUUCCGGCUUUGUGUUUAAGGCAGUCGGCAGUGACGGUGUGUGGGCAAUGAUGGAGAGUGCCCUUACAGCCAGGGAUCGGGUGGGAGUACAGGACUUUGUCCUGCUGGAGAACCACACCAGUGAGGUGGCCUUUAUUGACAACCUGCGCAAGCGCUUCAAGGAGAACCUCAUCUAUACGUAUAUCGGCUCAGUGUUGGUGUCGGUGAAUCCUUAUAAAGAGUUGGAGAUCUACACCAAGCAUCAUAUGGAGCGGUACAGGGGCGUUAACUUCUAUGAAGUCUCCCCUCACAUAUAUGCAGUGUCUGAUAAUGCGUAUCGUUCCAUGCGGACGGAAAGACGGGAUCAGUGUAUUCUGAUCUCAGGAGAGAGCGGUGCUGGGAAGACUGAAGCCUCUAAGAAAGUUUUGCAGUACUAUGCUAUCACCUGUCCAGCCAGCGAUCAAGUGCAGACCGUGAAAGACCGCCUACUGCAGUCUAACCCUGUUCUGGAGGCGUUUGGAAAUGCUAAAACUUUGCGCAAUGACAAUUCAAGUCGUUUUGGAAAAUACAUGGACAUCCAGUUUGACUUCAAGGGUGCUCCAAUUGGGGGUCACAUCAUAAACUAUCUGCUGGAGAAAUCUCGUGUGGUGCACCAAAGCCAUGGAGAACGAAACUUCCACAUCUUCUAUCAGCUCAUUGAGGGUGGUGAGGAGGAUCUGCUCAGGAGACUCGGCUUGGAGAGGAAUGCACAGCAGUACCAGUACCUUGUGAAGGGUAAUUGUCCCAAAGUGAGCUCCAUUAAUGACCGCAAUGACUGGAAGGUGGUGAGAAAAGCUCUGAGCAUCAUAGGGUUCAGUGAUGAUGAAGUGGAGGAACUAUUAAACAUCAUUGCCAGCGUGCUACAUUUGGGGAAUAUCCAGUACGGGAGUGAAGAUGGAGGCAAUGCCUACAUUACUGUUGACACCCAGAUUAAAUAUUUAUCCAGGUUAUUAGGUGUGGACAGCUGCAUUCUCAAAGAGGCUCUGACACAUAAGAAGAUUACUGCUAAAGAAGAGGAGCUAAUGAGUCCGUUGAAUCAGGAGCAGGCUUCCUCAGCACGAGACGCUUUAUCUAAAGCCAUUUACGGACGCACCUUCACCUGGCUCGUGAACAAAAUCAACACCUCUUUGGCUUUCAAGGAGGAGUUCUUCAGCGGUAAGAAUACAUCUGUCAUUGGCCUGUUGGACAUCUACGGGUUUGAGGUCUUUCAGAACAACAGUUUUGAGCAGUUUUGCAUCAACUAUUGCAAUGAGAAGCUGCAGCAACUCUUUAUUGAGCUGACCCUGAAAUCAGAGCAAGAGGAGUAUGAAGCUGAGGGAAUCACGUGGGAGCCUGUGCAAUAUUUCAAUAACAAGAUUAUUUGUGAUCUUGUGGAGGAGAAGUUCAAAGGCAUCAUUUCAAUCUUGGAUGAGGAAUGUCUAAGGCCAGGAGAUGCCAAUGACUUAACUUUUCUUGUGAAGCUGGAGGACACAUUAGGCAGCCAUGCCCACUUCUUAACUCAUAAGCUGGCUGACGGAAAGACCCGGAAAGUGAUGGGGCGAGAUGAGUUCAGGCUGCUGCAUUAUGCCGGAGAAGUGAACUACAAUGUAAAUGGCUUUCUGGACAAGAACAAUGAUCUUCUUUUCAGAAAUUUGAAAGAGGUGAUGUGCAUGUCCGAGAACAAAAUCCUCAAUCAGUGUUUUGAUCGUGAAGAGUUAACGGACAAGAAGCGUCCGGAAACGACAGCUACUCAGUUUAAGAACAGCCUGGCCAAGCUAAUGGAAAUCCUCAUGUCUAAGGAACCGUCAUACGUGCGCUGCAUCAAACCGAACGAUGCCAAGCAGGCUGGCCGAUUUGAUGAUGUUCUGAUCAGACAUCAAGUGAAGUAUCUGGGUCUGAUGGAGAAUUUGAGAGUAAGGAGAGCAGGCUUUGCCUACCGACGCAGAUACGAGAUCUUCCUCCAGAGAUAUAAGUCUCUGUGUCCAGAUACCUGGCCUAACUGGGAUGGCCGCUUGGUAGAUGGAGUUUCAACACUAGUCAAACACCUGGGUUACAAACCUGAGGAGUACAAACUUGGCAGGACCAAAAUCUUCAUCCGUUUUCCAAAGACUUUGUUCGCAACAGAAGACGCAUUAGAAGUCAGAAAACACAGUAUCGCAACCAAACUUCAGGCAAACUGGAAGGGCUACUCUCAGAAAUCCAAAUACCAGAAAAUGAGACGAUCAGCCAUCCUAAUUCAGGCCUGGUGGAGAGGAAUUUUAGCCUGCAGGAGAGCACGUCGCAGAAGACAAGCUGCUGACACCAUCCGCAGAUUCAUUAAAGGAUUCAUGUACCGCCACCAGCCACGCUGUCCUGAGAAUGAAUACUUCCUUGACUAUGUGCGCUACUCAUUCCUAAUGAAGCUACACAGGAGUUUGCCUAAAACAGUCUUGGACAAGAGCUGGCCUACACCACCACCUGCCCUAACUGAGGCAUCUGAGCACCUUCGCAAGCUGUGUAUGCAGAACAUGGUGUGGAAAUACUGCAAGAGCAUCAACCCGGAAUGGAAGCAUCAGUUGGAGCAGAAGUCAAUAGCCAGUGAAAUUUUUAAGGACAAGAAAGACAAUUACCCUCAGAGUGUCGCCAAGCUGUUUGUUGGAACAAGGCUUAAUGGGGAAGAUAUCAAUCCUAAAGUGCUUCAGGCUCUGGGCAGUGAGAAAAUGAAGUAUGGUGUUCCAGUGACUAAGUAUGACAGAAGAGGGUAUAAACCACGUUCACGGCAGCUGCUACUGACUGGAAGCAGCCUGACCAUUGUGGAGGAUACAAAGCUGAAACAGCGCAUUGAUUACAGUACUCUAAAAGGUAUUUCUGUCAGCUCCCUGAGCGAUGGCAUUUUUGUCCUCCAUGUUGUCUGUGAGGACAACAAACAGAAGGGUGAUGCAGUUCUACAGUGUGAUCAUGUGAUUGAGACGUUGACGAAAGUGGCAAUCUGUGCCGACAAGAUCAACAACAUCAACAUCAGCCAGGGAAGCAUAGCAUUCACUGUGAGUCAGGGGAAAGAAGGAAUGAUUGAUUUCACGUCUGGCUCUGAGCUGCUCAUUACCAAAGCUAAGAACGGACACCUUUCAGUGACCGCUCCUCGUCUUAAUUCAAGAUGAUGGAUACAGCCUAAACAGACAGAGCUACACUCUACCAAUGAAAUGCCAAAGGCUUCGCUUCAACUUGUGAACUUCCAGCAAACUAAUUGUUAUUUAUAUUUCUGAGUUUGAGAAUUUAAUAUUGUUGUUAUUUUAUGAUUUUAUAUUUUCAAGGCCAAGAAAUAACAAUAUUUCAGUGCGUGUUUUGUGCACUGUGUAUCUAUCUUGCUUAAUUUGGGGAACAAUAAUUUAAUAUCUGAGAAGCUUCUGCCUUACGAACAAGGAACUUUUUGAUUGUUUCUGUUCACUUUUUUUUUUUCUUCUUCUUCCAGGGACUAAGAAAGCAGAAUUAUACACUUGCAUUUUAGUUAUAGUAGUAAGAGAACAUUCAUUUUUUAUUUGAAAAGUUAAAUUAUUCCUUAGCCAAGGUUUCUAGAACCUGUCUUGUAUAAAAAGCUUAUACCAAAUACUUUUGCGCACCGUAGCCUGAUAACUGUGACUGGUAUAUAUCGGGAAAAUGUAUAAGGAAUUGUUUUGGUGAGAGUUGAUGUUAAGUACAUUGAGAGCCUGUGUUAAGUGUUAUGGAAAAGAUUGUAAUUGUAGGAUCACAACUCAUGAUGCUAAUGAAAGGUCGAGAAAUUUGUAUUCAAGCCAAGUUAAACUCAGGUGUUGAAAUAGACUUAAAUAUAUUGGGCUCCAAAUACUUCAGUCACACAUUAAUACCCUUUACUGCUGACAUUUAUGCAAGUUUUUUCUUUUUGAUAAUCAUUUUGAAAAAUCAUUAAGAGGUUGAGGCAAUGGUAAAUAUAAACUGGUAUGAUACAAAACAAUGCGUUCCACCUAAAGAAUACCUUCACUCCAAUUACAGUAGUAAAUAGCCGUCUCGCUCUAUAUACCUAUAUACACUCGAUACCUAAUGAUGCCGUUUUCUAAUCCACAUGUUACAGGCUAGAGAGAAGCAGCUGUUAGCUUGUGAAAGGGAAAAAAGGCAUACAAGUAUCUACAAAAAAGGGUUUUGGGUUGUGUAAGUGCGCACUACAUUUGUGCAUAAUCAAUAUGGCUUUUCACGAACAAAAAUAUGCAUCAGAACGAUACAGAUAUAGGAAACCAUUGUACUGUAUACAGUAUAAUCUUGUUAAAGGGUUGGUUGAUUGUUAAAGGGUCACUUUAUAAAAUGGAGCAAGUGCCUGUAUCACUUUAUACAGCUUUAAAGAUGACACUAAAAAAAAAAAAAAAAAAAAAAAUUCUAUCAAGUGCCACAUGUAACAUAGAUCAAAUAUAUAAAAAUCUAUAUAUUUUAUUGGUUUAAAAAGUUCCUAACGAUGUCCUUGGAAAAGCUUUGAUUAACCUUUUCUUAAUGCACCUAUAGACAAACAUAAUUGACAUUUGUGGGUUUUUGUUUUAUACUGUUUGUGUAAAUUAAGGAACUGAAAAAUGUUGUUUGGAUGCACACUGACAAUAUACCUAAGCAUAAUAAAGCUGAUUUCAUAAAUAAAA